CAUGGAUAUUUUCGGACACCUCAUAUUACUGCUCCUUAUUCUCCUUGGUUUGAUGACCAUAAUCUUGUGGAAGAAAUGCAUCAGACUUCAUUACCGGCUGCCUCCAGGACCCACCCCUCUACCACUGAUCGGCAACAUUUUCCAAGUGCAUCCAAAAAGAUUUCUUGAAUCCUUACAAAAGCUCAGAGAGACUUAUGGACCUGUAUACACUGUAUAUUUUGGAUCAAAUCCAGUAGUGGUUUUGUGUGGUUAUGAAGUAGUAAAAGAAGCACUAAUCGACAAUGGAGAAUUCUUUGUUAACCGUGGGAAGAUGCCAUUGGCUGACCAUAUAAACAAAGGCUUUGGUCUCACAGGUAGUAGUGGCGAACGAUGGAGGACACUUCGACGGUUCUCACUAACUACUUUAAGAAAUUUUGGUUUGGGGAAAAGGAACCUUGAAGAGAGAAUCCAGGAGGAAGCACAGUAUUUAGUGGAGAAACUUGGAAAAAUGCAAGGCACACCCUUUGACCCCACCUUCCUGUUAAGCUGUGCUGUGUCAAAUAAUAUCUGCUCAGUGGUAUUUGGUCAACGUUUUGACUACACGGACAAGAAAUUUCUCUCAUUACUUAAUGAUAUCACCAGCAUCUUGCGUUUCAUGAAUUCAACCUGGGGACUGGUUUUUUUCAAUUUUCACAAGUUGCUACGCCACUUUCCUGGUCCACACAUCAGAGGGAUGAAGCACCUUAAAGAUAUACGAGAAUUUGUAAAGGAAAGAGUCAGACAAAGCCAACAGAACCUUGAUCCCAGUUGCCCACAGCAUUUUAUAGACUGUUUCUUAGUGAAGAUGCAGCAGGAAAAGCAGAACCCAUACACUGAGUUUCACAUGGAGAACCUAGUAGUGACAACAGUUAACCUAUUUUUUGCUGGGACAGAAACAGUCAGUACUACACUGAGAUACAGCUUCCUGAUCCUUAUCAAAAACCCAGAGAUUCAAGAGAAAAUACAAGAUGAGAUAGACAGAGUAAUAGGUCGUGACCGAUGUCCCUGCACAGAAGACAGAGUGAAGAUGCCCUAUACUGAUGCGGUUAUUCAUGAAAUCCAGAGAUUUAGUGACAUUAUCCCCACUGGCCUUCCUCACGCAACCACAAAUGAUGUCUUCUUCAGAGGUUACAUUAUACCAAAGGAUACAGAUAUUUAUCCAUUACUGACUACUGUACUUCAAGAUCCUGAACAUUUUCCAAACCCAAGGGAAUUUAACCCAGAAAGGUUCUUGGAUGAUCAAGGAAAACUGAAAAAGAAUUUGGCAUUUCUGCCAUUUUCUGCAGGGAAGCGAAUGUGUCCUGGGGAAGGCCUUGCCCGACUGGAAAUUUUUAUAUUCCUCACAUCGGUUCUCCAGAACUUUACUCUGACCACUGAUGUCCCUUUAGAGAAGCUGGACUUGACCCCUGACAUCAGCAGUGCCGGACACCUUCCUCGCCCAUACCACAUGUUUGUUCGCCAUCGCACUUAGAACCUUACUAUGCUACUAUUUAGAUACUGUAAAUGCAGUUAGCCUACAUAAAUUCUGCAACACUGGUUCCUGUAAAUAUACAGUGAUGGUGCCUAUGCUGUAGGAUAGCUUGUAUUCCUGAUUAUGUGUUAAAUAUACUUUCUAUUAAAUAUUUAUAAAAUAUAAAUUGUGAAUUUGUUGAUGAUUUAAAGGAGCAUGUUCAUCCUUAUUAAACGUUUGAGUAUAUUGAUAUUUGUGAUCUAAUUUUUUAUAUUAUGUGACUUUUAAACCCUUUCAGUAGCCGGAAUUUCAGAGAAAAACUUGCCAAAAGUAAAAUGUUUGCUUUCAUACCACUUUAACAGAAAUACAGCCUUAUUUUUUAUUUACCUAUCAUAACUAUAUAUAUUUUUUUAGUAGACAACCAAGGUAUUGAUUCAUGUUACUGUUUU